AUGUAUCGCAGUCUCGGCGUUAACCGCCUCAUAUUCCGCAGUCGCAUAGUUUACUACGUGAAAACUGGUCUAAUCGAUCAAGCUCUCCAAGUGUUCGACGAAAUGACCCGCUCCGAUUGCCGCGUAUUUAGCAUUGACUACAAUCGCUUCAUCGGCGUAUUGGUCCGCCAUUCGCGUUACGAUCUCGCCGAGCACUACUACUACGAAAUGGUGCCACAGGGCUUCUCUUUAAGCGCAUUUACUUACUCUAGGUUUAUUUCUGGGCUGUGCAAGAUCAGAAAUUUCACUCUCAUUGAAAAACUUAUUCGAGACAUGGAUAGGCUUGGGGCUGUGCCUGACAUUUGGGCUUUCAAUAUAUAUUUGAAUCUUCUGUGCCAAGAAAACAGGGCACAUUUUGCUCUGGAAGUGUUCCAUAGGAUGGUUGAUAAAGGAAGAGAGCCUGAUGUUGUAUCAUAUACUAUACUUAUUGAUGGGUUGUGUAAAGCUAGACAAUUUGAUAAGGCAGUUGAUAUUUGGACUAGUAUGAUUAGGAAAGGGUUCAAGCCCGAUAAUAUUGCGUGUACAGCGCUUGUUGUUGGAUUGUGUGAUGGUGGGAAGGUUGAUUUGGCAUAUAACCUUGUAAUAGGUGAAAUGAAGGGUCAAGUCAAGUUUAGUAAUUUGAUAUAUAAUACGUUGAUUAAUGGGUUUUGUCGAGCUGGUAGAAUUGAUAAGGCACAGGCAAUCAAGUCAUUUAUGAAGAGGAAUGGGUGCGAGUCGGAUUUGGUUACUCACAAUGUGUUAUUGAAUUAUUGUUGUAAUGAGUUCAUGUUGGAGGAGGCUGAGAAGUUGAUGAAGAAAAUGGAGAGGAGUGGUAUGGAACCUGACGUGCAUAGUUACAAUCAGCUUCUCAAGGGCCUUUGUCAAGCUAAUAGAGCGGAUAAGGCAUAUUUGUUGAUGAGGACUAGGAUGGAGCCAAAGGGGCUGUGUAAUGUUGUGUCAUAUAAUACCAUCAUCACAGCAUUUUGCAGGGCACACCGUACUGGAAGGGCUUAUAAACUGUUUGAGGAAAUGGGUCAAAAGGGCACCAUGCCAGAUGUGGUGACGUUCACUAUUCUUAUAGAAGCUUUUUUAAGAGAAGGUAGUUCAGAUAUAGCCAAUAAGCUUCUUGAUCAGAUGACAGUUAUGGGUCUGUUGCCUGACCGGAUAUUUUACACUACAAUAGUUGAUCACCUAUGUAAGAGUGGGAAGAUUGCAAUGGCUUAUAGUGUUUUCAGUGAUAUGUUAGAGAAGGGCAUCGCCCCUGAUGCUGUUUCAUUUAAUGCUCUUAUUAAUGGGCUUUGCAAGGCUUCUAGAGUGAGUGAAGCUAUGCAUCUCUAUGAGGAAAUGCAGAAUCGAGGAUGUUGUCCUGAUGAGGUAACUUUUAAAUUGAUAAUUGGAGGUCUCAUAAGGGAAAAUAAGCUUUCAGUGGCUUGUAGGGUAUGGGAUCAGAUGAUGGAGAAGGGCUUUACUCUUGAUGGAGCUGUCUCUGAGAGACUGGUUAAUGCCAUCCAUUCAAAAGAUGGCAUGAAAAUGCAAAAUGGUCAGUAUGGAUGCACAAUGACCAUUCUUGGGAUUAUAGCUGACAUGCAGAGGCUGCAGAUCCAUUUUGAGAAUGUUAGCGUGAGAACACUAUUGAUCAAAUUUGGGCAUGGGUAUGGCUUCUUAUGUGAUAUGCAGUGA